GUUUGGUUUCAUCAUCUCGGAAAGCUAUUCAUUUUCCUUCUGUCUACAGAAAAGAAAAGACCAGUUUGAAACUCUUUAAGGAAACAAAAUGGAAAUUAUUAAUAAAGAAAGACAUGAAGUUAUUAAUUUUUCACCAGGACCGGCAAAAUUGCCUUGUCAGGUGUUGAUGCAAGCCCAGAAAGAUCUGACAAACUACAAUGGGACAGGAGUUAGUGUGAUGGAAUUGAGUCACAGAUCACAAGAUUUCAACAAGAUCCUGACAGCUGCUGAGAAUGAUCUCCGAGAUUUACUUGAUAUCCCUGACAACUACAAGGUAUUGUUCCUGCAAGGUGGUGGCACCGGUCAGUUCUCUGCAAUUCCUUGCAAUCUACUGAACCUGAAACCAGGUCAGACAGCUGAUUAUAUAGUCACUGGUUGUUGGUCAGCAAAAGCUGCAAAAGAAGCUGAGAAAUACGGCAAAGUGAACUAUGUGCUUCCAAAACAGAACAAAUAUACAAAUAUUCCUGAUCAGUCAGAAUGGAAUUUGAAUCCAGAAGCUUCAUAUGUAUACUACUGUGACAAUGAAACUGUUCAUGGUGUCGAGUUCCAGUUUGUGCCAGAAACAAACGGUGUUCCACUUGUCUGUGAUAUGUCUUCCAAUAUUCUCACUAGGAAAUUUGAUGUGUCAAAGUUUGGUGUGAUAUUUGGUGGUGCUCAGAAGAACAUUGGUUGUGCAGGAUGUACUGUGGUUAUUAUACGAGAGGAUUUGAUUGGACAACAGAUGCCAAAUACUCCGACAGUGUUCUGCUAUAAAACUCAAGUUGGAAACAACUCCUUGUAUAAUACUCCUCCUACAUACAGUAUAUACAUCAUGGGCCUGGUGUUUAAAUGGAAGAAAGAGCAUGGUGGUGUAAAGUCGAUGGAAGACAACUCUGAAGAGAAGUCGGAGAUGAUAUACGACAUAAUAGAUCACUCUAGUGGGUUUUUCUGCUGUCCGGUUGACAAGAAAUGCCGCAGUAGAAUGAAUGUGCCAUUCAGAAUCUCAUCUGCAGAAGGUUGUGACGUCCUUGAAAAGAAGUUCAUAGAUAUGGCUGCUGAACAGGGGAUGAUCCAGCUGAAAGGUCAUAGGUCAGUUGGUGGAAUAAGAGUGUCAUUGUACAACGCUGUGACUGUAGCAGAGACUAAAAUACUGGCAGAGUUCAUGAAAGACUUUCUAGCUAAACACAGAAAUUAGUGAUCCAAAUGUCUUUAGAAAACAAGUUACUGUCUUUAAUAUCGUCCCCUGAUUGUAUGGUAGAAUAUUUUUCAUGCCAUGGCAUACAGGGUGCUGGUAAUUUAGGGUUUAAGUAGCACUGAAUAAUGUUUCAUGCAAGUUUAAAUCCUGAAUUAUAGCACUUCAAAACAGCAGUAGUAAAAAGCUACUCUAAACCACAGGUUACCUGGCAUUUGUAUACCUUACUUCAUUAAAUACAAGGGUUUAAAGGAUACCUGUGUCAUACAUAAAGUUAAAGGACACCAUUGAAGUUGUCAGAGUGUUUGGGCUGAUUUGUUUUCAGUCAUGUUUGAGAUUAGAAGGAAAGGAGAGAUUCGGUUACAUAACACCAGUAUUCCACAGUUUAAUCUUGUAUCUGUAGCCUUGCUUUCACUGACAUGGCAAAGGCUUUUGAGGGUGUUCUCUCAGAUAGUAAGAGACAGUUUCUCUCAAAGACAGAAAAAUAGAAGUUUCUAUCUCCAUUCUCUUGUAGAAUGUUAAAUAUGGUAGAAGGUGCAGUGUCGUAAAGUUUUGACUGAGAGAAUGUGAUUUUAAAUUGAUAGGAACAGAAACUCUGUGAUAUUUUAACAAGCAUUCAUAUUUCAUGUUUUAAAUUUUGAAAUUAUUGCUUUUAUCAUUUAUGUCAUAUUUGUAUUUUUUAACUCAUCAGCUUAUUUCAUUUACAGUAAAAAGAUACCCUACCAAAAACUAGUGCCGAAAAUCUGAUACCCCUCUCAAAACAGAAUUAUAUUUGAUUUUACUCACAAAGUCAUUACGUGUAUUGUUUUAUUUCAUUUGUCCAUUUUAAGAGGUUUGUAAUGUAAUAACAUCAUUAUUUAAAAUACUCCUUUUUUUUUUUUUUUUUAACCUUGUGUAUUGCCAGUAUUGGUGAUGCAGUGUGAAGUCCUCAUUUUGUUUAUGGAAAGUCUCACGAUGAUAUUUAAACCUGUUCCAUUCUUAAACCUAAAUAGUGAUUAGCAGUGUUGCUAUGGAGAUGGAAUAUAAAUUCUUCUAC